AUUGGAUAACUGCAGCAGAGCAGCUCGGUGUUUCGCAGCGGAGAGAACCAGUCAGAGGAUAUUUGUGGACUUUAGGAAACAAUCGGCUGGACAAUAAUCAAAGAGUCUGCAUCUGCUUGCUGAUGGGCCUGAAGAUACACAUUUCUCACACUUAGAUUUUGUGUCCAACAAAUUGAGGGCAACUAAGGCUUUAAUUGGACCCAGGUCUGAGUGUUAAACAUGGGAGACCAGAGCGCAGUCCAGCCCCUCCGGCCCCUGCUGCUGCUCCUGAUGCUCCUCGCCAGGCUGUCACAGCUGUGGGCCUUGCCCUUCAGCCCGUCCCUGGACCUGGAUGUCACCCCCAGGACUACUGUUUUCUACAAAGGUGUGUUGGGCCGAGCCAGUUUCAUUGGCUCUUCCCAGAACUACAGCACCCUCCUGUUGGAGGAGGGGGCCGGGCUGCUGUACGUGGGAGGCAGAGGGGCCCUGCAUGCACUCAACACCACCAACAUCUCCGCAACUGCAAACCUCACAAUUGAUUGGGAUGCUUCUCCUGAACAGAAGAAGCAAUGUCUCAACAAAGGGAGAAACAAUCAGACAGAGUGCUACAAUCACAUCCGCUUUCUGGAGCGAUUCAAUGAGACUCACCUAUACGUCUGUGGAACAAAUGCCUUCAAACCUCUUUGUGCUUACAUAGAUGCAGAGCGGUUCAGAUUCUCCUCCGGCUUUGAGGAGGGCAGAGACAGGUGUCCAUAUGACCCAGCAAAGGGAUACACUGGCCUCCUCGUAGACGGUGAGAUGUUCACGGCCUCUCAGUACGAGUUUCGCAGUUCUCCAGACGUGCGCAGAAACUUCCCCUUCCCCAUGCUCAGGACAGAGGAGGCCCCCACCCGGUGGCUCCUGGAGGCAGAUUUCGUGGGCUCCGUGCUGCUGAAGGAGAGCAUCAACAGCUCUAUCGGUGACGACGACAAGAUUUACUUUUUCUUCACGGAGAGAAGCCAGGAGCAGAUUGCCUACCCGAGCCAGACCAAGGUGUCCAGGGUUGCCCGAGUUUGCAAGAAUGACUGGGGUGGCCAGAGGACCCUGCAGAGGAAGUGGACCUCAUUCCUCAAGGCCAGAAUGGUGUGUUCAGUCCCAGAGUAUGAGCUGCACCUCAAUAUCCUGCGCAGUGUGUUUGUCCUAGAGGGUCGAGAAGCUCAGAGCAGCAUUUUCUAUGGCAUCUUUGGCUUCGAAUGGAAGAAUAUCAAAGCAUCUGCUAUCUGCCAGUACGCCUUCUCUGAUGUGCGGAAAGCUUUCGAGGGCCAGUACAUGGAGGUGCAGGACUCAAAGUGGAGGGAGUACACGGGAAAAGUUCCAGAGCCAAGACCUGGAUCUUGUAUAACAGAUGUGCACCGGUCCCAGGGCAUCAAUUCAUCUCGAGACCUCCCAGAUAAUGUCCUCACUUUUGCUAGAAGGCACCCACUGAUGGCCGGCCAGGUGCACCCAAUAGGGGUGCGCCCACUCAUGUUUAAGAGAAGUGUCAACUAUGUUAAGAUAGUCGUGCACAAGGAGACGGCUCUGGAUGGAAACAUUUAUACUGUUCUGUUUUUGGGAACUGAUGACGGGUGGCUGCACAGAGCUGUAGACAUUGAUGGAGAAAUGCACAUCAUAGAAGAGUUACAGCUGUUUGAAAAACCCCAGCCCAUAGAAAGCAUGGUCAUAUCCUCUGCUCUGCGGAGUAUCUAUGUCGGCUAUCGCUCUGGAGUCGUGCAGGUACCGAUGUCUGCCUGUCAGAGGUACACUUCUUGCUAUGACUGCGUAUUCGCCAGAGAUCCGUUCUGUGGCUGGGACGGGAGAGCGUGUGUGGAAAUAUCAUCACGUGCACCGAGAUCAAACCUUACUCAGGAUAUCUUGAAGGGAAUCAGGGGCUGCAAGGAGAAUUCAGGAAACGUGGUCCAUCGGCGGCGUUCUGUGAUGUCUGGUGAUGACGUGCUUCUUCAGUGCGAGCUGCGCUCAAACCUGGCAACUCCGCGCUGGACGCUAAAUGGCAAAGAACUCCAGGGAUACGGCCUCAAUUCGGGCUACCGCAUCGGCACAGAUGGUCUCCUCAUAAUCGGAGCUCGUUCCCAGCAGAGUGGGUCUUAUCGUUGCUUUGCCAUGGAGAACUCCGUCUCCGUCCUGGUUUAUCUUUACACAGUCAGGGUGCACACGGACGCGUACUUCCCCGUGGAGACCACAGCCACAACUAACCCCACAACAGUUUCCAGCCCGACUGUUUUAUCCACCAGCAGCCCCACUGAGCAGCCUCUUCCCUCACCACCUGCCCCACUGCCUCCUGGAGCUGAGUUCCAGACCUACAGACACAUGGAGGCCGUGUACAUAUCCCUGGUGGCGGUUCUUGGAGGGCUUUGCUUGGUGUUGACUGUGGUGCUGCUUUAUGUGAGCUUCUGCACCAGACGGGUCUCUCGGAACCGAAAGUUCUCCCAGCAGGGGCUGCAGGUCCUGGGUGGGUCUGAGAGAAAAAGGAGCUCCCAUCUCGAACUCAGAACCAUCUCCAGCCACUGCAAUGGCCGCCAGGGUCGUCGCUCCAUCUCAAUGACAACUUUUGGUGACAUAGGUGAUGGAUUCCUCCAGAUAGUUCCAGGUGAGGGCCAGUUCUCUCCGUGCAAAACACCUCCUCCAGCCCCUCCUCUACCUAUGCCACCUCCGCUGCCCAACACGGACUACACCAACGGGCUGUCAGCCACUCUGCCCAGCGUGCUGAGGAAGAUGAAUGGGAACAGCUACGUGCUGCUGAGGCAGGCUGACCACGAGGGCAUGUCUCCGCUCUACCACUCCUUCACAGAGGAGCUCAACAGGAUCCUGGAGCAGCGGAAACACACACAGCUGGACCUGCAGCCUGAUGAGAGCUCCAUCUAGGACGUCCCUCUCAGUCCUUGUUGUUAUUUAUUUUUACCCCAACUGUGACCCGUAGUUGUGGGAAGAACUGACUGUAUGAAAUGCUGCUGUUAUUUACCCAGUGUCAGAGUACCUGCAGGUCGUGUCCUCACCUAAUCUGACAUGUGUAGCCUCCAGUGUCUCCCAUGACAAAUGGCCCAUGAUUUCACUUCAACAAUGAACAACACUAACCAGAGAUUGCUAUUCAAAAAGUGGAGCUGUGAAAAACUUGGCCAUAGGCUGUUACAAAAUUACACAAUGGUAACGGAACGAUGGUGGUUAGAUGAUACAAAAGCGCAGAAGUGCAAAAUCUGGCCAGCCAGGAGGGGAUAACGUAUUUAUGAGACUGUGGGAGUGUUCAGGAAGUAUUUAGUGCCAUGUAAUAUUAGCCCUCAAUGGAGCAGAAAGUGAUACUCCACCCAAAAUGUAUCUUUUGUGCAUUGUUGCGUUUGGCUACAGUAGGAAACUACCUUUCACCUACCAUGCCCACACUGAGAGCCGUUCCCUGCGUGUUGCAAGUCUGAUGUUAGGAUGUUCCUGUUCCAUGGUCUGGGGGAGAACAGGUUUGACUGACCCCGUAAUCGCAGGAGAUGACUCUGUAUCACCCAUGCCUUUCAUGAGGCUGGUGGGGAUAGUAGUAGAUAGUAGACUGUUUCAGCUGCUUGGCCUCCUCUGGGUUUGGGCGGAUUUUGGGGUUCUUUUGUGGACAAAAGAAAUGCAUCCAUCCAGGAUGAAUUGGGUGGCAUCCCACCUCCAGGUGUCUCGCAUCAGUGGCUAAUAAGGACACGGACACUUCUCUACCCCAUUCCGUGUGUGACGUCAGAGCUGACCAUCCAGUCUCCUCCUACAAAUGCACUUACUUACCCAACUGAAGGACCUCUUAACAUUUUUUAAACAAGCUCAAGCAUUUAACAAAUACAUGAUUAUGUUACAAGAAUGGUUUAAGAUUGUUUUUCAACAGUGAAAACGUGUCCAAAUAGGAAUCCAUUUUAAGGCUGCAACUAACUUUUUUCCGUUUAUUUUUUAGCCUAAAAAAUGUGAAAGAAUAGGAAAUAGUGAAGAAUGCACAUCAAAUUUUUGACCAACAUCUGAAAUCCCCAAAAUACUAUUAUAUAAUACUAUUAGAAAUGAUACCACAGCAAAUCCCUGCAAUUGAGAAGCUGAAACCAGUGUUUGACAUUUUUUGCUUCAUAAAUGACGCUUAACCCAAAUAAUUGUUAUGAAUUCGAUCUGAAUACAAGCUUUUGUUCUUUUGAAGGAGCAAACUACUCGUUUUACGGCAGCCCUUCAAGCCCGAGGGUGGCUCCUUCUUGAUACUCAAGAGAUAGAUUUAAGAAGGUGUUAGAGUAAACGAGAGCUCAGGUGGUAAACAAAUCAUUUUAAUUUUAUUUUUUAAACCACUCUUUCGUCAUUUCUCCUGCCCUUAUGUAAAUUAUAAUACUGUAAUUACAUCACUGUUUCAGAUGUGAGAAGCAGUUUGUUCUGUCAGUGCAAGUGGCAAGAGCUGUGGAAGGAAAUAGACACAGCUGUAUGUAAGGCAGCUUAAUUAGUCGAUUAAAGACCAUUUAAGGUGCAGUCAGUUUGUGG